AUGCAUCUGAUACUACUUUUCUUCGCACCCGUUGUCCUUUCGUCACCUAUUUCGCUGGACAAGAGAUACACAGCUAUCCGAAUCAAGUCCCUCAGGAACAAAGAAAGUCUUCACCCUCUCGGUCAACAAUCUACCUGGGCAUCGGGCACGCGAGUAGGCACUACUUCAUGUGAAAGAGCCGCAUUGUGGAAUGCCAAUCCGGGGAGGGGUAGUGUCAUCUUGUACAACACAGAUCUAGCUUUGGAUGCUGGUACAGGACGAGACAACAAAGAACCUGGACAACUCGCUACAAGCUGGCCAGGAACGUUUCAACAGACAUGGAGGGAACGCAGACCUGGCGAUGCACGACGGGCAAUACCAAUCAAAUCUGGACACUUCUUACCCCCACCCCCGAAUACCGCGAUUUUGAUCCACCAUUUGGUACUGUGUACGAAGAUCCCCCCAACGGUGGCAAAAGACUACAUCCAUAUCGAAGACCUGAUUUGGCACUCACUCUUGAUGGAGGACUACCCCCCCGAUGCUAGAAGUGCUGUAAUUGCUUACUCUCAACCCACAGAUGGGCCUUUUGCUGCGGCUCAACUCCUGAAUUUGACGAGUGGUACCAACCUCAAGAUAUCAUCUGCUUUCGACGAGACUACAUGCCUAGAUGCAGGUUAUAGACCAGGGAAUGGCGCACUUGCAAGAUUUACCGGGUGUGGAGGGGCAGCUAGGUGGGAUUGGGAUGGAGAGAAGUUGAGAAUCACUAAUUCCAAUCUAUGUUUGGAUGUACGAGCCGAAUCAACCCGCCUGAACGAGAUACUCAAACAGCUUCAGGUAUGGGAAUGUGUUGAGGGCAACACGAAUCAAGAGUUCUUUACUUUGGGCUAG